GUACAUGUCUCCAUGGUGGGAAGAGACCAUAUGAGAAUAUCAUGGAUCACUAAAAAACCAGCUCCAUCUAAAGUAGAGUAUGGCACGUCAUCUGGAGAAUAUGAUAAUUCUGCAAUUGGAAGUUGUACAAGUUAUACAUAUUUUCUCUACAAGUCGGGCCAUAUCCACGAGGUAGUCAUUGGCCCUCUCAACCCUAAUACGGUUUAUUAUGAUCGUUGUAGUGGUCAUUCAUCUCGCGAGUUCAAUUUUAAGACUACACCACCUCAAUUGCCCCUCAAAUUUGUUGUUAUAGGUGACUUAGGGCAAACAAAGUGGACAGAAUCAACCCUCCAACACAUAUCACAAGUAGAGUACGACAUGCUCUUACUACCGGGAGACUUAUCCUAUGCAGACUUUUGGCAACCUUAUUGGGACUCAUUUGGCCGCCUCGUGGAACCUUUGGCUAGCCAGAGGCCUUGGAUGGUGACCAUUGGCAACCACGAGGUUGAAAAGAUACCGAUAAUCCAUCCAACUCCCUUUACCUCCUACAAUUCCCGAUGGCACAUGCCUUUCGAGGAGAGGUCACCCUCAAACCUAUAUUAUUCCUUUGAUGUGGCAAGUGAGGUUCAUGUCAUCAUGCUUGGGUCCUAUACCGACUUUAACCAAGGCUCGAGCCAAUAUACAUGGCUUGAGAGUGACUUGAACAAAAUCGACAGAAAGAAGACAUCAUGGGUUGUUGUGGUUUUGCACGCGCCAUGGUACAAUUCCAACAAGGCUCACGCAGGAGAGUAUGAAUCAGUGGAUAUGAGAAAGGCCAUGGAACAAUUACUCUAUGAUGCAAGGGUUGAUAUUGUUUUUGCUGGGCAUGUGCAUGCUUAUGAAAGAUAUACUAGAGUUUUUGAUGGAAAAGCUAACAAGUGUGGCCCUAUGCAUAUCACUAUAGGGGAUGGAGGCAAUCGAGAAGGACUUGCCAGAACAUUUGUGGAUCCAAACCCAGAGAUCUCCAUUUACAGAGAAGCAAGUUUUGGGCAUGGACAAUUACAAGUUGUCAACUCAACCCAUGCUCAGUGGUCAUGGCAUAGAAAUGAGGAUAAUCAGCCUAAAGCAGAUGAUUCUGUUUGGUUGACCAGCCUUAUUUCUGAUCCAGAUUGUAAACCACAGUAAUUAGGUUAGUUAUAUAUAAGAUCAUAGAUAAAUUGUUGCAGACAUUAAAUAUGUUUCAUAUAUGAUUUAAUUUGAUUUGUUUGUCUAUAUAUAUGAAGUUAAUUUGUUAAAAAGGUAUUUGUGCUUACUUGUAAUUAGAAAGAACACUGUAGAUUUUUAUUUUUAUUUAUUUAUUUUUAUUUUUUUUGGGUAAAAUUUCAAUUUUGAUAGAAAGGGAAUGGGAAUCAUUCCCUUUCAACCUGUUUGUUUGCCACUUUUUCCCUCAAUCAUUCCCCCAUUUCAUUUUUCAAAAUACCCCAAAACCCCUCUUCCCCAUUCCCCACCCCCCCCCCCCACUUUCCCAUUCCAUUCCCCACCCACCCUAACCCUAACCCUAACCCUAACACUAACACCCAUAUACGUCGGUGGUGGUCGGACGGCGACUGUCGGCGAGCACCGGGGAGUGGUCGGGGAGGCUCGGCGAGCACCGGGGAGUGGUCGGCGAUGUGGUGCUGUGGUGGAGGAGGGAGAUCGAGCGUUGGGGAGGGGGGCUGGAGCAUCGGGGAGGGAGUUCGAGGUGGUGCUGUGGUCGGUGGUGGUCAGCGACCGUCGGCGAGGGGGGCUGGAGGGUCGGCGAGGGGUCAGCGACCGUCGGCGAGGGAGUUCGAGCAUCGGGGAGGGGGGCUGGAGCAUCGGGGAGGGAGUUCGACGGUCGGCGAUGGGGGCUGGAUGGUCGGCGAUGCUCGGGGAUGGGUCGGCGACGGUCGGCGGAGGUCUGUGAGGGUUCGGCGGCGGUCGGAGCUGCGCUGUGGUGGUGGUGCUGUGGUGGAGGGAAUGAUUCCCUAAACAACCUUCCAAAUUUUCCACUUUGCCAUUCCAUUCCAUUUCAUUCCCUUUGUUCAUUCCAUUCCGAUUCCCUUCUGUCAACCAAACGGCCCCUAAGUGUAAUGGUAGUGACACUAAUAUCGGGAUCACUUAAAUAAAACUUUCAUCACUUAAAUUAGUACGAGUAAGAACGUAGUAUGACUAGUACCCCCUAUGUCCCUCGACGAACAUUCCUUAAUUUUUCUCAGACUCUAAACAAAUCAACUAAAAUGGUACAAAAGAUAUAUGACUAUACAAGACUACAAUUAUCUUUGUUUAGUAAUGCUGAGUAAUAUACAUGCUAAUUUCUGGUGCAAAGGUGGUGCCAAUUUCCAUAUAAUAGUAAAGGCCUAGUUUACUACUCUUAAGGGCUGGAGAUAAUGCAUGCGCAGCCUGUGGAGUACUACUAGUCUACUACUAUUUACAUUCUUACACAAACAAAGAAUACCAACAAACAUAGUCAGAGAACUAUUGAAAUUAUAACUUAAAUUAAAUGAAAUACAGAUAUCAAUUAACUUACAUGCCAUGGUCCUUCCUUAAAGAGAGAGUGAUGAUCAACUGUAACGCAUGGUAAUUCCCUAUCACCACUGCAUCUUCUUCACGUUUAUCAGCAAAGAGAUGCCUAAGAGAAGUCGAACACCAUCUUUAUCCAUUUUUGUCAUCUUGGUCACCAACAAUGCAACCACAUAAAUUGUUGUCACCUUUAU